UGUCUUUCGCACUUCCUGAAACAUGACAGGCCACAGCACUCACUGGAAAUUAUGGAAGUUUAUCAAAGUGCUGCUAUUUAGUGUCAUAUUUUCCAUUAUAGUUCUGCUGCUCGUUGCCACUGUUAGGACGUUUACACUUGAUGUGGAUUCGGCGCUUCAGCUGGGAAAAUGGGAAAACACAACAGCCAUUUCACUUCAAUUACGCACACAACAGAGAAAGAACCUGCUGUCAAAUUUCAAAGCGGCCAUUCGGAUUCCUACCGUGUCUUUUACCGAGACACACGUGAACGCGAGCGCGCUGCAGGAGUUUGACGGUCUGCUGAGGAGCGUCUUCCCGAAGGUCUUCUCCUCCAGUCUGGUCAGACAUGAGGUGGUGGGAAACUACAGUCAUCUGUUCACAGUAGCGGGAGCAGAUACAGAUCUAGAGCCCUACAUGCUGCUGGCUCACAUUGAUGUAGUGCCGGCUAAUGAGGCGGAUGGAUGGGAUGCUCCUCCUUUUUCUGCUCAGGAGCUCAAUGGAUUCAUUUAUGGACGAGGAACCAUUGACAAUAAACAGUCUGUGAUGGGGAUCCUUCAGGCACUGGAAUACCUGCUGGAAAAAGGCUACACUCCUCGCAGAACCUUCUACAUUGGCCUGGGUCACGAUGAGGAGGUGAAUGGCUUACAUGGCGCAGUCAAUAUCGUGAAGCUCCUGAAGAGUCGUGGAGUGAAGCUCCUGUAUGUUUUAGAUGAAGGUCUGGCAGUGCUGGAUGGUGUUAUCAGUGGCUUGGAUGGACCUGCUGCCCUAAUAGGUAUCAGUGAGAAGGGUCAGACCACAGUAAAGCUGAGUGUCAGUACUUCUCCAGGACAUUCAUCCAUGCCACCCAGAGAGAGCAGCAUUGGCAUAUUGGCAUCAGCAGUCAAAAGGCUGGAGGAAAAUCCAAUGCCCAGACUGUUUGGUUAUGGUCCAGAGCGUGGCACAUUUGAACACCUGGCGCAUAAGUUUGGGUUGCCUCUCAGAUUCAUCAUGUCUAACCUGUGGCUCUUCUCUCCUCUACUAAGCAGAGUGCUGGAGCGAAAACCUGAUACAAACGCAUUUGUAAGGACCACAACUGCCGUCACAAUGUUCAACUCUGGUGUAAAGAUUAACAUAAUCCCGUCAUAUGCCGAGGCUUUUGUCAAUUUUCGUAUCCACUCAGCUCAAACGCUGCAGGAGGUUCUGGAGUUGGUCCGGUCAACUAUAUCUGAUGAGCGUGUGAAGAUAGAGAUGGUGAAUGGAUUCGACCCGCUGCCCAUCAGCUCCUAUGAUGAGCAGUCAUUCGGCUACCAGAUAAUCAAGAAAACAGUGCUGGGCAUGUUUCCUCAGCUUACAGUGGCCCCUGGCAUCUGUGUGGGCAACACUGACAGCCGGCACUACAGAGACAUCACCCGAGACAUUUUUCGAUUCGCUCCAUCGUGGUUCAAACCUGGGGAUCCUCAGAGAUUCCAUGGUGUGAACGAGAGAAUCUCCAUUCAGAACUAUGAAGAGAUUGUCCUGUUCUACUUCCAGCUCAUGCAGAAUAAUGACAUCAGGAAUCUGCCUCCACCUCACAGCAGCCAGCAUGAGCUGUAAAUGGUGGGAUGUUACCUACACGGAUGUCAAAACAUAAUAUUUUAAGGAAACUGAGCUCGGGGAGCUUUAAACACAUGUGAUUUGAACAUCUGAAAAACUUAGAAAAAAACACUGAGGAAAUGAAGGUUGUGAGACUUUCAUUCAUACAUUCCUUACUGAACAAAGUUUUUUAUUAAGUAAACUUCAAGUUUAGACAAAUUCCUGUGUGCUGAGGUUAGAGAGCAGUGAACACUAUGUAGGGAACAUGUCAAUCUCAACACAGUUCUAGUUAUGCUAUCUAAAUCCGGUGUGUUAAACAAAAGAGACACGCAAAAUAAGCAGUGCUGGGGGCAGCGAGGACCAGGAUUGAGAACCGCUUCUCUAAAUAACUUCAUCUGCCCUAAAUUUGUUCAAAACGAUGUCUCACCAGUUCAUUUUUCUAUUUAAUUAGAAGUAUAUCAGGCCUUAAGUAUAAGGAGCUGUUGUCCUUCCAAUAGAAAAAAACAUAGAAGACAUAAUUCCCUGUUGGUUCCCUUGGAUUCUCCAAUGGGUUCUUAUAAUUUGUGCAAUUGAAAAUUUUGACCAGCACUAAAUAUAUAUAGUUGAAGACAAAACUAUUAGCCCUACUGUGAAAUUUGAAUUCUUUUUCAUAUAUUUUCCAAGUGAUGUUUAACAGAGCAUGAUAAGUUUAACAUUUUAUACUAUAAUAAUUUUGCUAUUUCCAUUUAAGUAGGCAUAUAAAAAAAUUAAGUUCAAUAUUAUUAGCCUCGUUUUUAUUAGAUUGGCUACAGAAUUAACCACUGUUGUCCAAUGACUCACAUAGUUAUCCUAAUUACCCUAGCAAAGCCUUUAAAUUGUAGUUUAUUUACUAGUAGCCAGCAAUAUAAGUAGUGAAAUAUUAUGUACUGCCAUCAUGGCAAAUCAGUUAUUAAAACAAAUGUGUUUAAUAAUGUUUUGAAAAACACAUUGUAAAUUGGGAAAAGCACUUGUGAAAUACUUUAGAAUAUUAAAGAAUUUUAAAUUGUACAGAAGGGCUAAUCAAUUUGCCUACAACUGUAUUUAACCAGUACACAUUUUGUUAAUGUAAAUGGACGAUUUAUACAUACAUGACCUACUGUUUUUUUUUUUUCUUUCUGGGGGUUUGGUAAACUAGUCAACAAGUCAGUUACACAAUUUCCCUUUAAACAUUAAUGAAAUCAGUUGCAGUGCACGGCUCUUCCCCAAAAACAUUAAUGUAGUAACAUUUUAAAGAGUCAAGUAAAUGUAGUUUACUUCAAAAUUAGUUUUCAAGCUGAGCUUGUGCAAGUCAGUAUUCAGAUUAAAACAUUUACCUCAGAACUUAAUAUAUUGAAAAAAACCCGUUAUAAAAACACAUAGAAAACUCUCAAACGAGUCUUCUGGGUUUUGACAUCAUGCUACAGCACUUGGUUAAUUUUUGACAUCACUUUUGUCGUGAUUAAUGAAUAAUCUGACCAAAUUACUGUAAAUUUGUUAGUGAACAUAAGCUAUACUGACCAUCAUCAAAAACACAAAACAUUGCUAAGCAUAAUCGUUACACUGUACCAGAGUGACUGUACAGAACAACAACCAGCUAGUCAUGAUAAUAAAUCAGACAAAUGGGCAUUAUGAUGAUGAAUGGAUCCUUAAUAAGUGAUAAAUAGUGUUUUACAAUUUUGAGUGCCACUUUUUGCCUUUGAAUGUUAUUGUGUUCAGGGGAAAUGAUGGAGCUUGAGCAAACUAGUUACUUUUGUUUAAUUUGCUUCAGAACACACAGAUAUUAUUUUUGAACUCUGAUAUGCUGCUUGUUGUUGUUGAUUAACAUGAGAGUUUCAUCUCAAACAGAGAACUCUAUAUAGUAAAUGUUCUGUCUGAAGUUAGUGUUUUAAUUUAUGCAAAUUUUAUUGAAGAUAUAAGUUAACGCUGAGGUACAUUUAAAAAAAGUGCCAAUAGAUUUUCAUACAAAUGAAAUUAGAGUGGAGUGAUUUGAUAUUCUAUAAUUUAUUGUUCUUUAUUGCACUGCAAAGCUGUCAAAUGUUACUUUAAAUCCUUGUUAUUUUUGCACUGAAAUGGUCGUUUAAUUGUUUAUCUUCAUUAUUUUGAAAUGUUUGUGAAAGAUUAGUUAAUU